GACUUUUUAACACUUGGUAGUUUGGUGUUCGCCAUCGGGAGAACUUAUAUCAGUUGUUCCCAAUAAUUUCGGGGGGUACAAAUUGAUUUUAAGCUUGAAUUUUGUCGAGGGUAAACUUACAGGCAAAAAUAUGACUGCAGAGACAAUUUUUAAAGGGCCAACACUUGGCGUAAGACAUUUGCAGGCAUUUCUUAUGUUUUUGUCCAUAGUUGUAAACUAUGUUGCAAAAUUUAACAUAAGUGUUGCUGUGGUUGCCAUGACAGAUUCCGCAAGUGCCAAUCCAAAUUUUGAUGAAUAUGACUGGACUAUCGCAGAAAAAUCGUAUAUUUUGAGCAGUUUCUUCUGGGGUUAUGCAAUUACACAAUUUCCAGGUGGUUAUCUUUGUCGUUACAUCGGUGCCAAAUGGACAAUGCUAAUAUCGACAGUGGGUUCAGCUGUCUUUGCUAUUGUGACACCACCCCUCAUACCCAUUGGUGGGUGGAAACUCUUUUGUGCGAUACGAGUUGUCCAGGGUCUUUUCCAAGGAUUCUUGUUCCCGGCAAUUCAUGCCCAUCUGGCAAAGUGGGCACCAGUCGAGGAACGGAACAGAUUGGGUGCUCUCAGCAACACUGGCAUUGAAUGCGGAACUCUAUUGGCUAUGUCCAUAAGUGGAGUAAUUGCUUCGUCGAGCAUGGGAUGGCCGGGUAUAUCUUAUGUAUCUGGAGGCAUUGGGUUGAUCUGGUGCGUCAUCUGGGUGAUAUUUGCAUCCGAUACUCCGGCUGAAUCGAGAUUCAUUUCUGAAAGUGAAAAGAAUUUUAUUAUGGCUUCUUUAAAUCAGCAGCAAAAGGGAACCAUAGUCAAGAGCAUACCAGUUCCCUGGAAGGCGAUGCUAAGCUCGUUACCAUUUUGGGCGUUGCUGGUAGCACGUUGUGCAGAGGCUUGGGGGUUAUCAACUUUGCAAACUCAAAUUCCAUCCUACAUGAGUGGUGUCCUUUUGAUGGACAUCAAAUCCAAUGCCCUCUAUUCAUCACUUCCCUAUUUGGCAAUGUGGAUCAUGUCGUUUGUGUACUUAAUAUCCUCAGAAGUGAUCCUUAAAAAAGAUUGGCUUAGUCUAACAGCGCUGAGGAGGACGUUCAAUUCAAUAGCCUGUUGGAUUCCAGCCCUUGGUCUCGUGGGUAUUGGGUUUCUUGGAGAGAAGCAUAAAACACUCGCUAUAAUUUUGAUGACUGUUACCGUUGGCCUGAACUCAGCCGCUACAAUCGGAAGUGCUCUCAAUACAAUCGAUUUGUCUCCCAAUCAUGCAGGUGUCAUAAUGGGAAUUGUUAACAGUGCUGCAAAUUGCGUCCCAAUCAUUACUCCUCUGUUGGUUGGAGUGAUUGUUGUUGAUAGUCAUGCAAGAACAGAAUGGCAGGUUGUGUUUAUAAUCUCAGCAGUGGUGUUUUUCUUUGGAAAUCUGUUCUACAUAGUUUUUGGCUCAACAGAUCUUCAGCCUUGGAAUGAUGAAAAUUUCCUCUUGUCAAAUAAGGGAAUUAUUUAUUCUAAGCCUACAAAACCAGAAAUUGUUGUUGUUAGCUCAAAUAUAAAUUAAAUUUUGUACAUAGUAGAAAAUAAAAUAUACCUAUAAAAUAAAGAUAUUUAAUUAUAA